AUGCAGCUUUUGGGCCGAACUUUGAGUGCAUCUAUCGCCAAGGAUAAUGGACGUGCCCCGGAAUUUAUUCGUAGGCGCGAAUAUCCUUGCAAGAUUCGAUGCUACGAGUGUGGAGAAUAUGGCCAUCUAAGCUUUACUUGUUCUAGGAAUGUUUUAGGUGAUAGAAUGCAGCCUGUGCAGAAGAAAAAGAGAAAAAAACCAUCGAACCCUAUUAGGGAGUGA